CCUCGGUUGCUGCGGGAUAAGAGCGCGAGGGACGAGAGGCGCCGCUGCAGUGCAGGCGGCAGCAUCACGCGGUGCUGGUGCUGCUGCUGGUGGUGGUGCUGGUGGUGGUGCUGGUGGUGGUGCUGCUGGUGGUGCUGCUGGUGGUGCUGGUGGUGCUGCAGAAGGAUGAGGAGUGCUCUCACGUAGACCUCGCGCAAAGACAGCAGCAGCAGCACAGCACCAACAACGCUCUCUCAUUUGCAAGCAUCUUCAUAUCUACACGCUCAGCCUCUGUAGGGGUCAUAGACCGUGAAGAAAGCCGGCGACACCAGAGGCGAGGGACAUACCCCGAGGAGCUGGGGACAGACAACAAAACGAACAAAAGCCAACACAGCAGCCAUCCUGCCCAAGGGCGGUGGGGGAGGGGAAGACACACACGUAAUUAGCACAAAUCAGCGGCUGCUUUCAAUCCUCUCUCACUCCGGGACUGAUGGGAGGGACCUUGCAGGGGGAGUAGACCCUCGCGCUGAGAUGGAUCAAUAAGAUGUGAGGACGUUCCUCCGACAACACAUCGCACGGGCCCAUGUCCUUCACGAGCCACGAGCUGCGGCCGGCGUUGGCCCUGGGUGCAGGUCCACCAACUCCGCCGCGCGUCGUCCUUGAGAGGUCUUCUUCUCCUGCUGCUGCUGCCCCAUGCGGGCGCGUGGCUCGGGGUGGAGGAGGGCCGCCGUCUCGACACUGAAAGUGGCCUCACCAUGGUGUGUCUGGAGACGGCGAUGGCCAGCGGAGCGAUGGUGUGCAAACCCGACUGCUGCAUCAAAGUUGAGACGCCACAGCGGGGCCAGCCCAAGCGGCGGCUGGGCGUGGCCUCCAAGGUGCGAGUGAUGGGUGUGGCGGCGGCCGCGGCGGCCGCGACCACGACGGAGGAGCAGGAGAUGGGGGCGCGGCGCAGGAUGAAGUGGAAGACGCUGCUGGGCAUCUUCGUGCUGGUGCUGGGCUACCUGGUGCUGGGCGGCGCUGUGUUCCGGGCCCUGGAGCAGGGCAACGAGAGCGCCCAGCGGGACGCCAUCACCGCGCACAAGGCGACCUUCCUGGUGCGCCACCCGUGCGUGCCGCCCGACGAGCUGGAGAAGCUCAUACAGAAUGUGGCGGCUGCCCUCAGUGCCGGUGUGAACCCCUCGGGUAACGCCACGAGCCAGAACAGCCACUGGGACCUGGGGAGUGCCUUCUUCUUCGCCGGCACAGUCAUCACCACCAUUGGGUUCGGGAACAUUGCUCCCAGCACCAAGGGCGGCCGCAUAUUCUGCGUCGUGUACGCUCUGCUCGGGAUCCCCCUCUUCGGCUUCCUGCUGGCUGGCGUGGGCGACCAGCUGGGAACCAUAUUUGGCAAGAGUGUGGCCAACAUGGAGAAGAACAACACGCACAAGCACCUGAGCCAGACCAAGUUCCGCGUCAUAUCAACGGUGCUAUUUCUGCUGGCCGGCUGCCUCUUCUUCGUGGUCAUCCCCACCGUGAUCUUCAUGCACGUGGAGGGCUGGACGACACUCGAAGCCAUUUACUUUGUGGUGGUCACCCUCACCACCAUCGGCUUUGGGGACUACGUGGCGGGUGGGAACUUGCAGAUGCAGUACAAGGAGUGGUACAAGCCGCUCGUCUGGUUCUGGAUCCUCGUUGGCCUGGCCUACUUCGCCGCCAUCCUCAGCAUGAUUGGGGACUGGCUGCGUGUGCUCUCCCGCAAGACCAAAGAGGAGGUGGGGGAGAUCCGGGCGCAGGCCGCCGAGUGGAAGGCCAACGUGACGGCCGAGCUGAAGGUGACGCGGCGGCGCCUGAGCGUGGAGAUCCACGACAAGCUGCAGCGUGCCGCCUCCAUCCGCAACCUGGAGCGGCGGCACCGGCUGGGCCCGCACGAGCCUCGCCGCCACUCCAUGGACGUGCUGACGGCCGAGCGACGCACGCCCUCGCGCGCGUCCUUCCUGGCGCUCGCCAACAAGGCUGAAUCCGUCGACCGGAUCGUACCUCCCUCGGAGCUACAGAAUGGCGAGGUGCUGCAUAAGCCGGCGUCGGGAGAGUCGGUUAACUUCGCCGAGAGCUGCAACGCAGGAGGGAGCGGAGGCAGCAUGGGCAGCGGCGACAUGAAGCCGUACAGCAUCAGGUCGGCGUUCUCACGACGCAGCGAUCACCGCGGCAUCCUGAAGCAUACCCGGUGGCAACUGCAGCAGCAGCAGCAACACCAGCAGCAGCAGCAGCUGCAGCAACAGCAGCAACACCAGCAGCAGCAACAGCAGCAGCAGCAGCAGAGGAAUCAGCAGCAGCAAAGUCAGCGUAAUGUGGACAACAGUUUAGAGAGGGAGAGCGAUAGUCAGCAACAGCUGGAGAAACAGCCGACGCCAGACACUGCGCAUGGAUCCUGCGACAGCUUUGGGAUUGGAAACAGCCAGGCCCAUGCUGAUGCUGUCAACCAGGGAUGAUGAAGCCACACGUGCAUUUGGACAACAACAAAAUCAAAACGAUACAAUGGAAGCAUUGAGGAUUGUGACACCCAGCUUUGACGACUUGCUUGAGGCUAAAAAACAAUUGUGGUGGCUUCUUGAAGCGAUGACGAUGACCAAACUGCAAAUCGUAAAAUGUGCCCGGAAAGUGCAAAUGAGAAGAAUAGAAACGUUUAGUUGCAAGGGUGGCAUGUUAUCUUGCCAAAGCAUCGUUUAAAUCGGGAACGUAUGUUCCACUGAAGACUCAUCAAAUUGAAUACAUUUGAUUUUUUUUUCAAACGCCUCCUAACGCGAAUAAAAAUGCCGCUAUGCACAAUGGCAAAAACCCUGAAGAGUUUUAAAUAGGUAGACAAGCGAGGACUUUGCUAAUACCUACACCGAAUGGUGAAUGGGAGAAAAUUUGCCAAAAUACUAUGAUACAUUUUUAAAUAAAUAAUAUGAAAUGAGCAUGUCAGCAUUGUGCCUCCAUGCUGCGUACGAGGUCAACUGUUUGUCUUCAGUUAUGAAAAUGUGUCGUGUCGUUAUCUGGACAACUGGAAUAUGUUGUAAUCCAUUAUUCAAAUAUAUGUUGAACAAAUAUUGUGCCUGCUUACAAAACAAUGAGAUUUAAACAUGUAUGUCAAAAAUAUACUUAUUUUAUUAUAAACCCCUGUGUCAAUAAAUAAUCGUGAACCAAAUCAAAUGUAGGCUGCCUCUGAGCUCCUUACUGGGCCUCAUGGAAGGGAGCGGAGUAGCCCUGCAACCGCACUCCGUGCCACUGCUGGUGUGGGGCAUCCGCCAGAGGCAACGCUUGGGACUCGCCGCUCCCCCAGUGUAUUUUGCCUACUCUUCCAUGCAUCGCAAGCGUCUUGGGAGAGGUGAGAGUAACCGCACUUUACCCCACUACACGCGACCAGCCGAUGGACUGUGGUGAACCCAUUUACACUGCUGCUGGGGCCGGGGGGAGGAGUUGUUUCUGAAACGUACUCAUUGGUGUGCUGGAAAAGAGGCAUUUCAGAAGGAAAACGUUAAACAUUGACGUCCUUUGCUUCGUAAUAUGAAGCAGAGCAGAACACACAUACUCUUUGGUUCUUUCGGUAAAGUCA